AGUGAAACCAACGUAAGGACCCAAGAACAUUAAAUAGCAAAAGCUCAGGAGCUAUUAACUUGGACCAAAAGCAAGUAAGCUACCGAAUGAAGAAGAACGAGAGAGUUAAGAGUGUCAAUAUUUCCACACGCCUUGGACUUGAGCCUUUUGGGUUAAGCGGAAUAUUUCAUUGGGUUUGUUAAAAGACCGCUGAUUUUGGGUCCAUUAUAAAGAACUAAUACUAAGGCCACCAUAACAAGUAUAAAAUGAUAGAAAGAGCAAAGAUGGUUUUUGUUUCGGAAAUUCUCCUACAUUUGUGAGAAAUACACAUUAUACACGUUUUUCAUAUAGUGGUUACAAUUAUUAAAAUACAUAUAAUUAAAUAUUAAUACUUUAUUAAAAAAAAUUAGGAUCACAUAAGUCGUCUCAUGUCCCAAUGUUCCUAUUUGUGACCAUCAUUAACUCGAAUUUUUUAACUGGAGUUCUUAACUUUGGCUAAUAGACUGUUUAUAGCUUUUUUAGAUUUUAACUAAAAAUAGUUAAGAACUGUUUAUUAAAUAAGAGAUAUAAGAGUCGUUUUUUAACCGAAAAGUAUAAAAAAAUAAAAAAAUAUCAAAUCAUGAGUUAAUAACCUUGGCUAAAAAACCGGAGUUAAUCGCGCCUAUAAUCCAUUAUAGAAUUAUUUAUUUACAGUAUAUCAAAACCAUAUAUUUAUGAAUUGUUGCCAGAUGAUAAGACACGUAUCAACCUUAGUUUUGUGACUGUCUCACAUUUUUAUUAUUUAAAUGCAAAUAGGUUAGUAAAAUACGAAAAAGUGAAAAAAGUUAGUAGUUGAAUCCAAUCAAGUAUUUUUAAAUAUUAUCAUCAUCAUCAGAUCACCACUAACAACCAUUGAAUAACACAAAAAGGAAAGUUCUCAUGCAAUUUCGGAGAUAUUUGACCCCACAAAAGAAAAAUCAGGCGUUACUAUAUUAUAUAAUCUAUUGUUAAUAUUAAUAUAAUUAUUAUCAUUACACAACACACAUGAAUACACUAGAGAGAGAGACAAGAGAGAACAGGAUAUUUACAAAAGCAAAGUCAACUAAACCUUCUCUCUCUCUUCCCUUAUUCUCUUUUGCCAGCGCCACCGCCAGAUGUUUCUCCGUCGAACCGCCGUCGUCCACAUCCUCCUCUUCUUCACCGCAGCAUCCUCUUCUCUAGUCGCAGCUCAGAACUCCUCAUGUCCUCUCGACUUCUCCAUCUUACAACCUUUCAAGCGUCCAAGCCCCGAUGGCUCCACCACCUGCCAAUACCUCCUCCAAGGCCUCCGUCUCGUCUACUCUCACCACCUCCGUCAGACAGGCUCAUUCUCACCGCCUCUCUCCUCCGCCUCCUCUUGCUGGGACGCUCUACAGUCCUCCAUCUCCGGGUUCCUCCCUCGCUUUGACGUCAGAUCAAGAUGCGGUUUCCAGACGCCGUGGAUCUCUCAGGGAUGUAUGAACAUCACCACCAGGUCUCAGUUCGAAGCUCUGAUCCCUAACUCAACGCUUAGUACGGCUGUGAUGAGAUGUAACCUCUCUCUUGAGAGUAACACUCCUUGUGCUUCGUGCACUCAGAGCUUGUCAGCGUUUCAGGCUUAUCUCACUGGAGCUUCACUAGGAAACGUCUCCGACUGUACUGGCUUUUCUUCGAUCUACGGCGCUGCUUUCGCUAACAGGUUCGGUCCUACUGAUAAAGGAACUGCUAAAUGCUUGUUUCUGCUUGAUCUUGCUUCUUCUAGUGGCAACGGCUCCGGUAAGAAGAAGGUGGUGAAGAUACUAGUUCCGUUACUUGUUAUACUUCUUGUCGCCUCCGGUUUGAUUCUAUGGUACUAUUUAAAGAGAAAGAGAGACUUCAAGAUGAGGAGGAUGAAGCUGAGGCAGCAGAGAGAUAGUUUAGAAGCUGGCACACGGUCCAGGCUAGACUCGAUGAGCGAGAGCACUACUCUGGUUAAGUUCACUUUCGAGGAGAUCAAGAAAGCCACCAACAACUUCUCCAGGCACAACAUCAUAGGCAGGGGAGGCUACGGUAACGUGUUCAAGGGAGUCUUGCAAGACGGCACGGAGGUUGCUUUCAAGAGGUUCAAGAACUGUUCGGCUAAUGGGGACGCCAACUUCGCUCACGAAGUCGAGGUCAUUGCGAGCAUACGCCACGUGAAUCUUCUGGCACUGAGAGGCUACUGCACGGCGACUACGGCUUACGAAGGUCACCAGAGGAUCAUAGUGUGUGAUCUGGUGAGUAACGGUAGUCUUCACGACCAUCUAUUCGGAGACUCGGAGACUCACCUUCCCUGGCCUUUAAGGCAGAGGAUAGCUCUUGGGAUGGCGAGAGGACUGGCUUAUCUGCACUACGGCGCGCAGCCUUCGAUCAUCCAUAGGGAUAUCAAGGCUAGUAACAUCCUCUUGGACGAGAGGUUCGAAGCCAAAGUUGCUGACUUCGGGCUAGCCAAGUUCAACCCCGAAGGAAUGACGCAUAUGAGCACGCGUGUCGCGGGCACGAUGGGGUACGUAGCUCCCGAGUAUGCGCUCUACGGGCAGCUGACGGAGAAGAGCGACGUGUACAGCUUCGGUGUGGUGCUUUUGGAGCUUCUGAGCGGGAGGAAGGCGAUUGUGACGGACGAGGAAGGUCAGCCUGUGUCGGUGGCUGACUGGGCCUGGGCCCUUGUCAGAGAAGGGCAGACGUUGGACGUGGUGGAAGACGGGAUGCCGGAGAAGGGAUCUCCGGAGGUUCUGGAGAAGUAUGUGUUGAUAGCUGUGCUUUGCUCUCACCCUCAGCUACACGCGAGACCGACGAUGGACCAAGUGGUGAAGAUGCUGGAGAGUAAUGAGUUCACUGUUAUCUCUAUACCUCAAAGGCCGAUCCCUCUGGUGGCUUGUAGGGAGGAGAUAGACCGGUCUGUUAGUAGCAGCAGUGGCUCUGGGAAGCUGACUAGUCCCACGGGUUAUCAGGCCUUCUCCUUUGGAGCUGAUGGGUCUGGACACCACUGAGCUCUGUGUUUUGGUUGGUAACUUGUGAAUAGUUGUUAGUGUGUACAUUCAUUUCAUUCUUUGAUGGUUCUGUCACUUAAGCAUAAGAUGUAUCGCUCCAAUAAAUUUAUCUUUGUGUAAUGCGUUACUAUCCAGAGAAUUAAGUAGAGAUAAUAGAAAAUCGUACAUGUUCGUA